CAAUUAGUGGGCAACCAACAACAACAACAACACCAGCCAGCACAAGAACAGCAAACACACUUACUGCAAAGCUCCCCUUCCACGACAGCAGCGGCUACAUUAUCACCCCAACCCACGGGCAGGGCGGCGAGUCAUCAACGCGCACAUUCGCAGAAGAAACUCAAAAUUCGGAAAACCGAAUCGGUACAGGAGACCACGUUCGGUGCCACAACAACCAGCGCAGCAGCAACAACAACAAGCAAACGUGCCUCCAAGAAACGCAGCUCCAUGCGCAAAUCACGUUCGCUCGACGCGGAGGCCUACACGCUGGCCUGCGUACAAUCGCCGCUGUGGGCGACACUAACGAAUGCCCGUACAAUCAAUGAAAUUCUGCAGGACGAGUACUAAGAGGGGGAUGGUGGCGGUAGGAAAAAACAAAAAGGAGCGUCGGACGCGUUUUGGGGCGUGGGAAGUGGAAAAAGUUCAAUCAACCAGCAUAUAAUGGGCAAAUUCCUAGCGAGACUCAACAACCGUGAAAAGGCAGGUCUGCUCGCCCAUAUUCCAACCCUCCCUCGUCUAUUACUGAAGAAGGGAAAAUCCUUGAUGAAAAUUACUAUUAUCUGGGCAGCAGAAGGGAGUAACCCAAAAGACAAUGGUGUAAAAAAUAUAAAAUAUUUACGAUCAAAAGUUUACCAAAUAUUUUUGGCAAAAUUCUUUGUUUAAUAUGUUUAAUUACGUACGUAAUUAACGGUAUUUAUAUAAAAAUUGGUGAAACACAGCAGCAAUGCAUUGGUACUAAGGGAAAAAACUAUUUAGUCUAGUUUAAAAAUCGACUUAAGGAAAAUUGUAUUAAAAAUUGUAUUAUAUAAUUUACGGUUAUAGAGAAA